AUGCUCAACCAUCCGCAAUGCGACAACAACACAUUAUACGCCUAUACAACCGAGGCCGUGAACUCGGGCAGUUCACCAUUUUUGGCCAUGGUAAAUCUUGCAAUCCCACUCUUCGUAGUGCAACAACACCAUAUCAAAUCCGACCUGUGGGUCUUCGGUAACAACAUGGCAGGCUCUGUUUCUUCUCCUAGCUCUUCCGCGCCCGCUAUCAAGUUCCUAACUGCUUGA